AUGUCAAGCGGAUUCGUCUCGGAGACGCAAUUGGACGAUGAGAGAAAAGCGAGGCAAGAUGAAUGGGAACGAGUGAGGAAGCCGGAUGAUCCAGCAGUUGCUCCCGAGCUCGAGGUGUGCAACAAAUCGUUAUUUGAUCAACUCAAGGAAAACAAGGACAAGAAACAAGCCGAAAUUGAUGAAGCAAAGUCGUUUAAAAACAUGAUACGCGGCGUUGACGAGGAUGAAGCCGACUUCUUGGCAAUGGUCAGCAAAAAGAAACUCGAAGAAGAAAGACGAAGGAAACAGGAAGAGAAGGAGAUGUUGGCCACACUAUCAAACACUGUAAUCCCAGCAAUCGAACCGACUCUAUUGCGGCCACCGGUUCCUUCAACGAAACCCGUCGAGAAUAAACAAGCCCGGCUUCUCGUUGGAGCUGUUAAGCGAAAAACAGGCAGUACAGAUGAGGGAACGGCGUCGAAAGUGACCAAGAAGGAACAAGAAACUUCAGCGUCUGGAGAAUCAACUAAUGAGGAAUCCCCUGUGCAGAAGCCCGUGUCAAGUCUGGUUGCUUAUGGAGAUUAUUCUGACUCGGAAGGCGAUGGCGAAAGCAAU